GGUGCAGGUGAAAUCGGGGAGGCCGGGGCUCUUGCUGGUGGUAGCCCCAGAGACAAGUCCCUGCUGCCGCUCCUGUGGACUGGACAUUCCACGAGCCGAGAGCACCCCAGGGAAGGGGUGGGCGGACGCUGAGCCCGGGAUGGUGCGCUGUCUGGGUUCCCGCAAUCCUUAGGGGGACACUGGCCUGGCUUUGUGUUUCCGCUCUCCGGCCGCUUGAGGGGAAGUGACCGGGGCUGACUCCUUGUUUGCUGACCGAGACUUCAGUGCUCUGUCACCAGCUAAAGUCUCCAGUGAAUAUUGAAUUGCUGAGGAAUUUGGGAAAAGACAAAUCAAAGUUCUCAUUCCAUGGAUCCCUUAGGUGCGCCUUCCCAGUUUGUGGAUGUGGAUACACUACCAAGCUGGGGUGACUCACGUGAAGAUGAAUUAAAUUCCUCUGAUACCACAGCUGAAAUAUUUCAGGAAGACACUGUUCGAUCACCUUUUCUUUAUAAUAAGGACAUCAAUGGAAAAGUAGUUCUUUGGAAAGGAGAUGUGGCAUUACUGAACUGUACAGCCAUUGUGAAUACCAGCAAUGAAAGUCUCACAGAUAAGAAUCCUGUGUCAGAAAGUAUCUUCAUGCUUGCAGGGCCUGAUUUGAAGGAAGAUCUCCAGAAACUUAAAGGUUGCCGAACAGGGGAAGCAAAAUUGACAAAAGGAUUCAAUCUAGCUGCCCGGUUCAUCAUUCACACAGUGGGACCUAAAUAUAAGAGCCGCUAUCGCACAGCAGCUGAGAGUUCCCUUUAUAGCUGCUACAGAAACGUACUUCAACUGGCAAAAGAGCAGUCAAUGUCUUCUGUUGGCUUCUGUGUCAUCAAUUCUGCAAAACGUGGUUAUCCUUUAGAGGAUGCAACACACAUAGCACUUCGCACUGUCAGGAGAUUUCUAGAGAUUCAUGGGGAAACCAUUGAAAAAGUGGUAUUUGCUGUCUCUGAUCUUGAAGAGGCUACUUACCAAAAGCUGCUACCUCUGUACUUCCCAAGGUCGUUAAAGGAGGAGAAUAGGUCAUUGCCAUACUUACCUGCAGAUAUUGGAAAUGCAGAAGGGGAGCCUGUGGUACCUGAACGACAGAUUAGAAUAAGUGAAAAACCUGGUGCUCCAGAAGAUAACCAAGAAGAGGAGGAUGAAGGCUUGGGAGUUGAUCUAUCUUUCAUUGGCUCUCAUGCUUUUGCUCGAAUGGAAGGAGAUAUUGACAAGCAAAGAAAACUGAUCCUUCAGGGACAGUUAUCAGAGGCAGCUCUGCAGAAGCAGCAUCAAAGAAAUUAUAAUCGCUGGUUAUGUCAAGCAAGAUCUGAGGAUCUAUCUGAUAUUGCUUCUCUAAAAGCCUUAUACCAAACAGGUGUUGAUAACUGUGGUCGAACAGUGAUGGUGGUAGUUGGAAGAAACAUUCCUGUAACAUUAAUAGAUAUGGAUAAGGCUCUCUUAUAUUUCAUUCAUGUAAUGGAUCACAUUGCUGUAAAGGAGUAUGUAUUAGUGUAUUUUCACACACUGACCAGCGAAUACAAUCACCUGGACUCUGACUUCCUGAAGAAACUCUACGAUGUUGUUGAUGUCAAGUACAAGAGGAAUUUGAAGGCUGUUUAUUUUGUUCAUCCCACAUUUCGUUCAAAGGUGUCAACAUGGUUUUUUACCACCUUUUCUGUCUCAGGACUGAAGGACAAAAUCCAUCAUGUGGACAGCCUCCACCAGCUGUUUUCUGCCAUAUCACCGGAACAGAUCGACUUUCCUCCUUUUGUCCUUGAAUACGACGCCAGGGAAAACGGGCCUUAUUAUACAUCAUAUCCCCCAUCACCAGAUUUGUGACCUGCCAUCUUUCAGUGCUUCUUGGUUCCCAGGAUGCCACUUCCUCCACAAAUCGCUACCUGUUGAAGUGAUAUUCAUUUUUGCUGUACAGACCCAGAGAGCCUUUUGUCCCUACCUCUCUGGUAUUUUUUUAUUGACUGUAUAUUUUCUGGCACAUAAACAAUCUAAAAAUGGUAGGCCAUUCUGAACUGCAUACAUUUUAAAUUUGUAUAUUUAUAUCAAAUGGAAAUGUUCAUUUUUAGAUUGUCAUUAAUAGAAAUGGGGAGCAACUUUUGAGUAUCUUUAGUUUCUCGAAGGACACCAAAUUCCCCAUUAGAUAAACCACCAAGACUAUUCACGUCAUCUCUUUAACAUUGCACGCUUCCUUUGUGUACUUAAGUGAUUCUUGAAAUAUACAGAUCCCGUGUAUGCUAAUGAGACGCAUUGUUUGCUUCAGAUCCAUGGUAUUAACACCAUGUACAUUUUUUAAAGAUAAAUUGGCUAUGUUAAAAGAGAAUUAUCUGGGACCAAGAAUGUGGAAAUGUAUCUGACAAAAAACAUCAGAAUCAUUAACAAAUAUAGGACUUAGUUUAUUAAUGUACAAGUUAAGACUAAAGUUUAAGUACUGAGGUUCCUUGGAUGAUAUAAUUUGUUAAGAUUGCUACUAUUCUAAUCUCAACAGUGUGGGGAAACAAGUAGACUGUAUCUUCAGCCAUUCUCCUAUAAUCAUGGAUGAUCUGGUCUUACUCAGAAGGACUGCACAUACUAGUACUCUUAAGAGCAUCUCCCAAGACUCCAGUAGUGAGCAGAGUGUGUGCUGUCUUUCCAGAGUCGUGAACGAUUUUGUUUAGCUAUCAGGUCUACUACCUCUAAGGACAUUUCAUAGCAGCAUCUCUUCAGUUGCCUGCAUCAGUAUGAAGGAAGUAUGUCACAGUGAACAAAUCCAGGGACCUGAUAAUUUGCAGACCACUUUUACCACUCAGGCUCGACUUGUGCCUUAGCUUGCUUAUGAAUAAAAAUUAGAAUUAUGCUGUCUACCUCACAGAGGUAUCAUGAAGAUAGCAUUUAGAAAGGGCUUUGUUGUGGUGGGGUAUCUUCAGUUAGUUUUUAAAUGGGAAUAAAUAUAUAUGAGGGAAUGCUACACAGUAUUCCUCUUGUCCUUGAUACCAUUCGAGUGAUUUUUCUUUUUGUGGGGCAGGACCUGUUAGUAUAAAAUUCCCACCCUGAUGACCUCCUUACUGCUUUGUCCGGAAUCACUUCUGGCUGCUCCUCCCUUGAUGCUACACUUCAGUGAGAGGCAUCUGUUGGCCAUUUUAAACAUUUCUUCUUGAAUUAAGAUCAAAGUAUUAUUAUUCCCAUCUGGGUAUCUUUAUACUUUUUUUUAAUUCCCACAGCCACCUCCCCAUGGCCCCAUCUUCAUCACCCCAUCAUGUACAUUGGCAAUUCAGACAAAAAAAAAAAGCAGAACCUUUCUGUUCUAUCCAAAUCAGUGCUUCCAAGGGCCCAUUCUUUUUUGCCCAAACUAAUUCUUCAUUGGAGAUCAAAGAAACAUACUCUCUUCAUUUACAAUAGGGAAAUCCCCCUAUAGUUGCAUUAAAUUCAUCCUGUAUUUUCUCAUAUAAACAAGAAGGGGCUUCACAUUUUUUAGAUAAAGGUUCUUAUCUUUUGCAUGUAUUGAACACA